AUGGGCUGUCUCCAUCUUACAGCGCCUGACUACUCUAUCGCUGAUGGCAAGAGCUUUCCAAUCGACGCUAAGCAAUUCCACUAUCUCGUUAAACACGGUUUUGUCGAGUUCCCGGAUAUAGAUAAGCUAGAGAUCAAGGAGCGCAAUUCGGUGGAUACGCUCUCACGGAUUAUUACGGUGUUUCAAGCCGCGUGGUUCACUAUCAAGGAACUUGCGCGUAUCCACAAAGGAUAUCCGAUCUCAACCUUAGAGUUAACGACACUGUCAUUCUGCUUUAUUACAUUCGUGAUAUCAGCUCUCUGGUAUCAUAAACCUUCUAUCUCUAAGCCUCAAUUCAUUACCACAAAAGACGACAUCACGAUCGAAGAAAUUCGUGAGUAUGCCAGAGGCAACGUAGGUUGA